CCAGUGCACAGAAUGACAAGACAAUGUCAGCAGGUGUUACUUGGACAGUGCACCAAAUGCUUUUUAUCACCUUUCCACACGUCUCAUUUGGCUUGUGUUGACUUUACGUCGCAGUGCUGUGGUAGUUGCAGAGUUCCAGCACAGCAGCUAAGCAAACAUCCUCUGCCAUUUCACAUGGAGAGGCCUCUGCUUUUGCGUCCUCAUUGGUGCAGACAAGCUUGAAAGCCUCCAUUGAGCCUGUCGGGAGGAAUUUGAGGUGCUAAUGCUACUCACGGGAGGUGGAAUUUUUGCCAUUCUCGACACGAGCUGACCACUCGCUUUUCGGGUUCUGCCCACCUCCUCCUGUAACUUCUCUCGUUCUUGCUUCUUUUCACUCACUUUGUGUCGAACUGUAUGAAGUAAGAACCCGCUGACGGCUUUUCUUAUCCAGCAUUAUGACCUUGAAAAACUUGUUUGGGUGGAAACGGAGGCUGGUGCUGAGUGCUCUACUUAUUUGUAUCAUAAUCUCCGAGUUAGCUUACUGUCAUAAAGAUGGUCAAGAGCAGAGGAGGAGGCCAGGGACGAAGGCCAAGCCCGGCAAACCCAAAGCGGCUAAAGCGGCCAAGAAAGGGAGCCUGGGUCUAAAAGCGAAAUCCACGCAGGCUCAGGCCUUGCUCACCCAGGUGAUUAACAGGGGUAAAUUCAUCAAGGCGGAAGAGACGAUAAGUGUACAGGCUGGAGACACUCUGGAGUUGAGGUGCAGGGGUAAACCCAUCCAGUGGGGCGUCCCAUCGUACCUGGAGGAAGAUGAUGACGGCAGGCUCAGGAUUGUCCAACAUGAGCGUUACGGUGUUCUGACACUAGUCAACACGACGGGUGCGGACACAGGGGAGUACACCUGCUACCCAACGUUCUGUGAGGACUCAGAUUGCAGAAAGAACUACGACAAAGCUGCCAAAGUCUUUGUUUUCUUCCCUGACCCUCAGGAGCUUUUCGUCCCGUCGUCCGACUACUACGAGGUCAUCCAGCUGAGAACCAACUGGCCGACGCUCCUGCCCUGCCAGGUGACCUCGCCCGCUGCCAAUGUGACGCUGCACCGCGAGUUUCCGCCGGCGGAGGUGGCGGUGGACGGGACGGAGAUCUCCUUCGACGCGAAGAAAGGUUUCACCAUCCACCGGCCGCGUCCCCGCCAUGCCGGCGCCUUGUACUGUGUGGCCAGCCUUCGGGGUCUGAGGCAGAGCUCCACCAAGUACAUGCUCAUCUAUGUCAACUACCCCAUGGCACCCCCCGCCCCGGUGAUUCAGUCCAGUUCGAGCUCUUUGGCACCCGGUGACAACCUGCGUCUCAGCUGCACUGUGAUGGGAGAGAGGAACGUGGCAGUGGAGAUCACGUGGGAGUACCCUGGACAGGAGAUAGGAAGGCCCCUGUACACGCUGGAGAGCAUCACUCCCGUCACCGGGGGCUCAGAUAGACAACAGACUCAGUCCGUUCUCCUGGUGGACGAGGUGAGGGACGUGGAUCAAGGAACAUACACUUGCACUGCUGAGAACCUGCAAGGAUCCAAAUCCGCGUCCACCGCAGUCAAAGUCCUUCCCAAAGCGAAACCUCCCAAACCGUGAAGCCCCACUUGACUGACAGGGGGCAGCAUGUUUCACUUUUGUAUCCAAACGGUCCUGGGAGGAUAUAAUCCUAGCAGAGAAGAGUAGUCGGAAUACAGAACAUGUAGUUUUUCCCCAGAAAUGUACGGCAAAUAUCACAACUUUAGGUAUUAAACUGAUUUUCAGACA